AGAGAUGACGUGUGUUUCGAGUCGACGCGAUGGCAACUUGGAGGCGGACGCCGGCUGCUACUGCUAGUUCCGCUGUUUAUACAAUGCAUUCGACGUUUUGGAGCAAAAUAUCGCUGCUAUUUAUUACGCUUGUGAAUUUAGGAACAUUAGUGUGCGCUGAUUUGCAGUAUGUGACGUGUGGCUCAGUGCUUAAACUCGAGAACCAGCAGUACCAAGUGCGCCUGCACUCCCACGACAUAAAGUAUGGCUCUGGCAGCGGUCAGCAGUCCGUCACGGGAACCACGGACAGAGAAGACAACAACAGCCAUUGGGUUGUCAAGGGCAAGCGGGAAAAACCCUGCCAGCGUGGGGAUCCCAUUCCGUGUGGGUCACCUGUGAGGCUGGAGCACCUGGUCACGCACAAGAACUUGCACAGCCACCACUUUGUGUCACCACUGUCCAACAACCAGGAGAUCAGCGCAUUCGGGGAUGGAGGCGAGGGAGACACUGGUGAUAACUGGACUGUAGUGUGCAGCUCAGACUUCUGGGAGAGAGGCUCGCCGGUGCGCUUCAAGCACAUUGACACUGAUACGUGGCUCUGUUCCUCAGGCCAGACGUAUGGACGGCCAAUAGGAGGCCAAGUGGAAAUAUGUGGGCUCAGCUACCCGGACAACUCGUGCCAGUGGAAGAGCGUCGAGGGCAUCUUCAUAAAGCCGACGGAUAAGAUAUCUGCCGGUCGGCUACUCCACGACCACUCGGAGCUGUGAUGCCCCCUUCCCUAC